AUGGGUUUAGAAAUGGGCAUCCCCACUGUGGCGAACUUGCCGCUAGAGCAACCGUUAUUUUGUUCAGGAGAUGACUCCAUUCACAGCGUUGCUAAGAUUAUGAUGAGUAAGCGGAAAUAUUGUGUGCUAGUGAAAGAGAAUGAUGUUGUUGAGGGUAUUGUCACUACUAAAGAUUUGGCAUUUCGUCAAGGGGCUACUGCUAGAGAUGUUUUAUCAAGAACGCCAGUUCUCACACCCAGUUCUAUGCAGGUAAGUGCAGCAUUACAGUUGAUGGUUGAGAAGAAAAUAAGGCACUUGCCUAUUGUGGCCCCUGGUACUGACCAAAUUGUGGGGAUUUUGGAUAUUACUAAGUGUUUUCAUCAAGCGAUGAGAAGGUUGGAGAUAAUGGCCCAAGACAGUAUGAAAUUGAAUAAUGCAUUACAGGAUGUUAUUGAAAAUGAGGCUACAAUAACCAGACAAAAGGUGCUACAAGAUAUUGCCACGUUAAUUGAAUCGAUGGAAACCCCUGUUUUGGAGUCUAUUUUGGACUCUGAACUCUAUAAUACUACGCCACUUUUUGCUAGCCCCACAACCACUGUGGCAGACGCCAUAAAGAUGAUGUCUGAUAAUAAUAGCACAGCUGUUUUAGUUCAUGACUCUUCGAUGAAAUCCAAUUCUAAAAGUAGCCAUGAUUGUAAUAUUAUAGGGAUAUUCACCAGUAAGGAUUUUGUAUGUCGUGUGCUAAGCCAGGGUGUUGGUGUUGAUCCUAGCAAGUUCACGUUAACAAGGGUGAUGACUACACGGCCAAACUUUGCCUUCAAAAGUUUGGGCAUCCACUCUGCACUUCGGAUGAUGUACGAGGGCCACUUCUUAAAUUUGCCUGUUAUUGACGACACAGGCAACAUCUUAGGAUUAAUCAGCGUUCUUCAACUAACGCAUGCAGCUCUCAGUAGUCAGCUAGCUACAAGAUCAAGAAUUUCUGGCUCUCAGUCCACAAUAGAUGAACCUUAUUUGAAGAUAAGCUCGGUGGAAUCGCCAUCUGAAUCUAUGUAA